UUAUAACUUCAAAUUGAAUACCAACUUUAUGAAUUGCUUUGGAUUUGGAUUUUAGACUUCAAAAGAUAAAGGAGGUGCUGUUGCGCGUGUUGUAUAACAAAUUAUUGCCUCUAAACUUGAAAAAAAUAUCUAAUCAGAUGGUUUACGGUUCGCAUUAACUGGUGUUCAGUACCGAUAUAUAUAUGCACCUCGAGACCUCGAGAACAUGAAAUGCUGUAUCACAGUUUAUCUGUUUUCCUUAACCUAACAUCAAAAUUAUCUGUUUGUCCGGUAGUGAAACUAAAUACAAUGGCGAAUGAAGGUGAAAACUGGAAAAAUGCACAGUCUGUGUACGAAUUUGUUGUGAAUAAUAUUAAAGGGGAACCGGUUUCUCUAGAAAAAUAUCGAGGAAACGUAUUAAUAAUCGUUAAUGUUGCAUCCCGUUGCGGUUACACUGCAAAUCAUUACAAGGAAUUGAACGAACUCUAUGAGAAAUUUUCUGAAUCCAAAGGGUUAAAAAUAUUAGCCUUUCCAUGCAAUCAGUUUGCCCAUCAGGAGCCGGGUGGAUCUGAUGAAAUUUGUCAGUUUGCGUCUUCAAAAAAUGUCAAAUUUGAUUUGUUUGAGAAAAUUGACGUUAACGGAGCAAACGCACAUCCAUUAUGGAAAUACUUAAAAGAAAAACAGGGAGGCAUUCUUGGAAAUUUCAUAAAAUGGAAUUUUACCAAAUUUGUUGUUGAUAGAAAUGGACAGCCUGUGGAACGUUUCGGCCCGAACGUAAGCCCACUUCAAAUGUUACAAGCCCUUGAAAAAUAUUGGUGAUCAAUCUCAAGCAGGGUGAAUUGAUAUUUUAAACUGUGCUUUGCUUAUUGUAUGUUUAUUCUUCCAUGCUUUUUUAUGUAUUAGUUUAUUAAGAAAUUUGUGGUUGUAUUUUAUUGAUUUAUAAAAUAAAUGGAAUAUUAUGGUU